CUAUUUAUCAGAGUUAAGACAAGCUGUGCUCCUCUGAUGGCCAAAAUGCUGUCUGGGUAGGGUAGGCAGCACACUCGCUCGAGGCACAGCCGCAGAUUUGGAUGAAGUCACUCACUGUAAACGAGCGACUGAUAAUCUGAGGCGCUGUUCUGUCAUCUCCGUGACGUCAGUUUGUUUAACUCGCAGCGCAGCAUGCUUGAUAUAAAAUCUGGUUCCGACAGCUAGGCUUUGUCGGGGAUUCUCUCUUCUGAGUCGACUUCUGAGGGUACAUGAGAAGCAGCCGGUACCUUAACACUUGCAAUGACACUUACAUUCAUCAUCUUGAUCGCGUGUCUCUUCGCGUCCACAGGGGCAAAAUGGUCAUAUAAUGGACCUGAUGGAGAACACAACUGGUCCAGCAACUAUCCAUUUUGCGGAGGGGCAUUCCAGUCGCCUAUUGACUUCCAGACACAUCUGCUGAGAUACGAUUCAAACCUGUCGCCCAUCCAGGUCCAGAACUACAACCUGUCGACCAAUGAACAGCUCACUCUCAGCAACAAUGGACACUCUGUGCAGUUGUCUUUGCCAUCUCACAUGUACAUCUCCAGCCUCCCUCACAAAUAUUCAGCAGCUCAGCUCCACUUCCACUGGGGCUCUUCCAACCAGCUGACUGGAUCAGAACACACUGUUAAUGGCAAACAGUUUGCUGGAGAGAUGCAUGUAGUACACUUCAAUUCUGACAAAUACCCCAACAUCUCAAUGGCAGUGGACAAGCAUGAUGGACUGGCAGUGCUGGGAGUUUUCAUUGCGAUUGGAGAGUUCAACCCUGCUUUCGAAAAAUUCUUCAAAUACCUGAAUGGCAUAAAGUACAGAGAUCAGAAAAUACAGGUCCCAGCAUUUAACAUCCAUGCGCUGCUACCAAGCCAUUUGGAUGAAUAUUACCGCUACGAUGGUUCUCUGACCACACCGCCCUGCUAUCCCAGUGUGCUAUGGACUGUGUUCAGGAGACCAGUUACCAUUUCACAAAAACAGUUUUUGGCAUUGGCCACAGCUCUGUACGCCUCUUAUGCCCAAGAGUCUGCUACUGUGCCGCUUCACGGAAAUUACCGGAAACCACAACUCGCAGAUAACAGAGUGGUACUGGUUUCCUUCAAGGAUGGACUGCACGGUAUUCUUUCAGCGGCGUCCCCCUUUCAGAGGAAGCAAGUCAUCCAGAAGCUUCUGGUGGGUGACCUUGCCGACUUGGCCGAUGAGGGACUCUACCAACUUCUGCCAAAGUUGAGUCCCCAAUCGGGAAACGUUAAGAAGUUGAAGAAGACCAAGAAGCAGGAACACUGGAGCCAGGCAACUCAGAAACAGCAGUGGUUGAAGAACAAGGUGCCAAGCAAUUCUGGCUACUCCUUAUCCGUUGGGAAGAACACACCAACACCAUGGAAUAUGGGAACAUUUGAUACGGGUAAAGAGAUGUGCUUUGUAUCCCUGGAGGAGAAUGUCAUGCAUCAGCUCGAGAGAUACCAUGCAAAAGGUCUGAUGGUUGAAACUCUGAAAGAGGUCGUUUUUCCUGAGUUGAACCUCAGGAGUUACUUGCACUGCCGUUCUGAUCUAGACCUUCAGACCAUAAGAAAACUCAUACAAGGAAGAUCUCGAGAUGAGGCCACCGAGCUCGAACAAUCACUGGCUGAAGCCAUGCUGAAGAAGAUGAGAAGGCAAAUCAACCAGCAUAAAAAUCCAAAAAUGGAAGCCACCAUAGGGCAUCCUCAAGCCACAGUCCCAAAGGACUUCAACUCGGCCUUGACUUACCACAGACCUCAACGUGUUGAAUGGGAAGAUUAGACCCAGUGAGGGCUGCAAACCUUCCAGAGGGCCUAAAUUUCUGCAGUAUGCUGUCACGCACAAUAUUUAGUCAACUCAGCUCCUAAGGCUAGCACGUCACUUGAAUGAUAUUUAUUUAGUUUGACAGUACCCCUCUAACACUGUCUCUGAGACUCAGACAGUCUUUGUCUCAAACUAGUUUUGCUUUUGCAGUAGAUGAAAUGACUUGUUGAGCAAAUGAUGUUCAUGAUAUGUUAUGCCGCUGAUUAUGAAAAGUCUGUAGUUACUUUCCAACAGUAUGCUAGACAACAUUUGCUAGAUGGAUGUCAACAGGACCACAAAAUUUCCAGCCUUCAGGAUCCAGAUUAACUGUCUAAUGAUUAGUCUAGACUAAAAGCUGGUCUGUUUUAAGCAUUAGUGAGGUUUUUGUGAGACUCAAACAAUCUUAAUUAUGAUAUUCAAUGCACAAAAAGACAGAAGACCACAAUGGUGAGGGCAUAUUUUUACAUUUUAUUGGGAAAAGUUGAGCUGUAUAUUGCAGUAAUUGCAUUCUGUGGUUGAAAAGAGUCAAGCGCAAAUUAAAAGGGACAAAAUUAGCACUUAAAGCAUUUUAAUAUUCUCACUUUUUAGAACGCUGUGUGGUACUGUUUUUUCUUCUUUUUUUGGGGUGUGAUCUGAACCCAGAGACACAGCAGACAGCAUAACCCUUUUUUGGACACUGACUCAGAUUUUGGUCUAUAUAAUUCUUUGUGAAAUGUCUAGAUCAUGGAUUGUAAAAUAAAAGCAUAAUGCCGAUUAAAAUUUUAUCACUUUUUCCACUUGUAAAGGACAAACAUGUCCCUGUUUAUAUUCUAAAUGGUUUUCAGAAGUGAUGUCUGAAUAUUAAAAAAUAGCAUAUGUUUAUAUCUGUAUUUGUAUUGAGUUAAAAGUUUUACAUUUAUCAUAAUCUUUAGACCUUGUAUGAUCCACAGUAAUACAUUUUCUGAUCCUAUACCCAAAAAUCCCCAGUUUAUUCUAUUUAUUUACCUUCUUGUCAUAUCAAACCUGUUUGGCUUUAUUUCUUUUACUGAGCACGGAAGAUAUUUUUUGUCCCAACAAAGAAUGUCAGUGGGGUCCAAUGUUUUUUUGGACCCUACCAACUUUCAUUAUGAACAAAACUGUUAAAACACACUUUAAUAUACCUUGUUUUGUUUCGUUUUUCUUGAAUAGUCCCACAUCAUUUGUAUGUGCA